CAUGGAGAUUGGAAUUCCUUUGAGAAAUUUGGGUUUUAGAGUGACACGAAGGGAGUUCAGUGAAACGCAGGGUAUGUGAGGAAGAAGAAAAUGACUUUGUGAGAGAGCCCCCACUGGAAUUUAACAGAAGAGUGAUGGUGAGGUCGAGUAAUGGAACUAUGUAUGUAAGAGUCUGUCCAGAGGAUCUGCUUGUAGGGAGUAUUGGGGUGAAAGUCAAUCUUUACUGUAAUCUAGCUGCUGGAAUCACUUCUCUUAAGGAUAAUUUAAAUGCAAAGGAACAGGAAUUGUUUAGGACAACAGCUUUUGGACAUUUUUUAGAGAUGGGUGAGAUAAAGUGGGUUAGCGGACAGUUAUUAACUCUUUUAGUUCUAAACUACGUAGAGCCAGCCAAUAAAGGAGGUAUUAGUAACAGUAUUGCAUUCCACAUCAGUGAUAGGGUUUUAAAGAUGAAACCAGGGGGGUCCAAAUUGCCUCCGGUGUACAUGUAUCUGGUUGAUAACCUGACAAGGUUUAAUGAUUUCCCAUGGGGGUUUUUGUUUCCUUUACAAAUCUGGGCGUUCGAGACUUUCAUGGAUCUGGAGGGGAAAGGAUUAUGCAACAGGAUCGAAGGUAGUGACAGAAUUUGGCCAAGGGCACUUCGGUGGGAGACUGGAUCCAGAGCUCGACACGUGUCGUUAGAAAGUGCUAUUUUUGGUGGAGAAAAGGUGAAUUGGAAGUGUAUGGUGCCGGAGAAGGCUGAAUUGAGGCGCAACGACUUUAGGAAAUAUUUCAAGAAUGUAAACCGUGCAGAAGGUGUUGAUGGUGAGCUGUGUGAUGCUAAUUUUGGGGCAGACUGCAAUAAAAUGAAGGGCAAGCUGCAUUGGGGUGGGGAACGUGGUGAUGGCAACGAGAUUGAAAACCGGAAGGAGAAAAAGACAAAGUUGAAGCUGCCAAAAAAGGAUGCGAGGGGGGAAUGGAAUAUCAACAAUAGAGAAUAGUAAUAAAAUGUUGAGUAAGAAGAUAGAUGCAGUGAGUAAUGAUUUUAAAGAGCAUCGGCGAACUGUAGAAGCAUGCUUGGAAAAGGCUGGUUUACUUUUGGAAGAGAGGGGAAGAAAGGAACAGAGAGCACGUGAUCGGUCAAUUCCUAGUUUUGAUUUAGGUCUGGAUUCUGACAAUAAAAAUGGAGAUGGAGAAUGCAGUGGUGAUCCAGAAGUGUAUGGUGUGGUUGCAGAGUCGGAUGUAGAGGAUUAUUACCCUCACAUAUCACUGAACACCGUUAAUAACUGGAGGAAAGUUGU